GUCGGUAGGCGAUUACAAUAAACUCCCGGUUAAGGCGACCGGUGCGAACUUCACGCAGUUAAGUCAGUCACUGGGGGAACCGCGCGUAGAAAGCACGCGCUUUACGCCUCGCCAGUUAACUUUACAAACUUUUUAACUGCAUAACAAUUUACUGAACAAGUUCCUGUGACAAAUAAAACAAUAGUGCUGAUAUCGUGUAAUAUAAUAUUGGAUUAAUACGAAUUUAAAGCGUGGAUUUGCGUUUCUAUAUGUAAUUAUCGGAGCAUCAACAUCAUGCACCCGUCGUUAUCUGUGGAGAGGAGAUCAUCGCGCGUUAUAUAAACCUCGAUUCCAAGAAGAUUAUCUGAAGCGGGCUCUUCAAUAAGUGACAGUGUUCCGUGUUAUCGUGCUACAGUACCACUCAGUGUUUAUUCCACAUUCUACAUUCGAUAUUCAAAUUUAAAAUUGGAAAAAAUAAUCAGAAAUUCUGGUACAGUAGAAACAGAAAGUGCUUGAAUUAAUUAAAAAAAAGAGAAUUCGAAUUUGAAAUUCGAAUUCUUAAGCCGCGUUGACACGCGCAAGUGACUGGAGCUAGUAGUGGACGGUUUAGUGAUUGAAAAUGGCCGGUACCGGUGGUGAGAUCUGGCUUCAGUGGUUCGCGUGCUGCUACCAGCCCGCCGCGCAGGCCCAGCGGACGCGCCGGAGAAUAGACCGCUCCAUGAUCGGAGCGCCCACAAACUUCCAGCACACAGGACACAUAGGAUCCACGGACGUGGACAUGCCAUCCUCGCUGCUGCACACCAUCCAGAACCAGAUGCAGAGCAAAGGCGGGUACGAGGUGGCGUACGGGGUCAAGGCGUAUUGAACGCGCAUGCCGAGGACUAGUGCUUGGACUGAGUGACUGUCGUGUUAUGAUCUUAUUAUUAUCGUAUUUAUUGUCGCAUUACGCUAGUGUUUAGUUCGUACGUUUUCAAGUGUACAUACAAAGGCCAUUGUCGAAAUUCUAAAGUUACCUCUACGAUUUCCAUGUUCUUCAGUGAAGUUUCGAAUUAUAAUGUUACAAUGCCUUGUACUUAUGCAAAGACUGGCGUUGAUAAUCCUAUAUCUUCCCUAAUAUUCAGUCCAAUUGGUAAAGAAUUGUGCCGUUAAAGUUCAUCUACUGAAAGGCAGAUACAUGAUAUGCAAGCUGCCGAUGUAGGUACGAUCGUCCUUGGGUGAAUUUUAUCGACACAAAAUCAUUCCACUUUCUUGUAUAAAAUUAUGUUAUCUUAUAUUGUAGUGUACUUUAUAAAACAGAUUAAUUGUAUUGUUCUCGAAUUGUUCAGUUCUUAAUCUUUAAUGUAUGUUGGAUACUUAUUUUAAGCAAAAUGGUGUUCCGUAAUGAAGCUCAUUUACAAUAUAAAUACCUUGAGUCACAUUAAUUAAAUAGGUAUAUGUUUUAAAAGUAAAUCAUUACUUCAAACAAUAAACACGCACAAAAGUGUUGCAAGGAAAAAAUUAAAUCAGUCGACCACGGAGCAAUGCUUGCGCUGCUCACCGUCUCCAAUAAAUUAACAAUAUUUCAAGAGUUCAUGCUAAUUCAUUCGUAAAAACUAUAGAUAUUGUGAUAAUUUAUAUACCUAUAUGACAGUUUCUAGAAACUAGAUUUUUUCACUUUUAUUUGUCCAAUGUGUCUCGAAGUCUCACAUUUUGCUUAAUAGUGAGAGAGUGAGACGCACAGACAUUGGAUAAAGAUAUUGGACAGAUCUGAUGGAAUACCACCCUAACUUUCGACGGCCGUUAAGUCUUUGAGCCUCAAACUGUUUUUAGACAAAUCUAUCUAGAAAUUUACACGACUGUAAUUAUGUAUCUAUGAAGCAGGGUUUCUCAAUCUUUUCUUGAACCCCUUUGGUUCGCCAGUGAUUAUAACACUUCGCUACAAAGACCACAUAUUCAUGACUGGUAACGGCAACUGACUCACUUGCGCAUUGAGUGAUAUGAGUUAUUUACU